AUCUUGUUUGGGAUCGCGCCGUGCGCCGUGGCCCUCUCCCAGUCCAGAAGGGACCUGUUCAGGCUGUUCCUCAAGCGGAGCAGCGGCUCCCCGCGGCUGGAGCGAAAGCCUUUGUCCGUCGAGAGGACGAAAGGCUCCGAGAUCUUGUUUGGGAUCGCGCCCGGAGCAGCGGCUCCCCGCGGCCCCAAGGCCAUGGCCCGGGGAGUCCCCGUGCACCACGUCGAAAGGAGAGAGCUGGAUGCUCUUUGCAGAGGUCAGGUCCACCAGGGAGUUUGUUUGGAGGCCACUCCUCUCCGUUUCAAGAGUUUGGAGGAAGCCGAAAAGCCCGAUUUAGGGGAUGAAGAGAGUCCGAACCGACAGCUGGUUUGGCUGGUGUUGGAGGAGAUCCAGGAUCCCAUGAACCUGGGGGCACUGCUGCGCUCCGCGUACUUCUUGGGGGUGGACAGAGUGGUGACAAGCCGGAGGAACAGCUGUCCCUUGACUCCGACAGUGAGCAAAGCUAGCUCUGGAGCUAUGGAAGCCUUCGAUGUCUACAGCACAGAUGAUCUCCGGAGCUUUUUAAAGGCUAAAACUGCAGAAGGCUGGGAAGUUGUGGGAACGGUCAGCAAACCCGAGGAUGUGGAAAAUGUUCCUGUCAUCAGUUGCUCGGAAUUUCGGUGGAAUAAACCCAUUCUUAUAGUAAUAGGUGAGCUGAAUAAGGUCUUGGUGACAGCACUGACCAUGCAGGCAGCGUCGCCGGAGCGCCUGCAGCCUGUGUGCAUGGGCAGCCGUCUGCUGGCACGGAGGCUGCUUGUGCAGGGAUCUUGGCACUCGGGCUACGAGGCUCUGCGCUUUACGCUGUGCGUGCAGGCGUGUUGCACAGGUAAUGAAGGUGACGGACUUUCCCUGGAGACGCAGCUCUUGUGCCAUCGGAUGCUGGCCAUACCCCCUGGCAGAGCGCUUCACCCCGGGAUCGAGUCGCUGAACGUCUCCGUUGCUACUGGUAUUCUCCUGCACUCCAUCUGCAGCCGAAAGCUGAGCGACGGUGAUUGA